AUGGACCAAGGAAUUCAAGACCCCUUCGUUUCCGCAAAGAACCCCGGCCCGUCCAAAAACUCGGGCCCGUCCCUGCUCGCCUGUCUUUUAUGUCGACACAAGCACCUUAAGUGUGAUGGGAAGACCCCAGUCUGCGGUCGCUGCGAGACCACGGGGUCAGAAUGUCAAUACACCCCCUCGCGUCGCGGGUACAAGGGCCCCUCGAAGAAGCGCCGCGCCAAUCCGUCAUCCCCCGAGCAAGUGGCCGUAGAUCUGUCGGGCUCGUUCGAUCCCCAGUUCUUCAAUGUCCCUACAGACUGGGCCCUCCCAGGUGGUAUGCCCUAUAAUCUACCGGCAGCCACUCCUUUGCCGCCUUCCCUCCCCUCCUCGUCGGCGCCCUCCGGGAGUCCCGAUCUGACAGACCAUUCUGGCUCCUCGCAGCCGCUCCGCGUCAAUAGCCCCCUCACCCCAGAUUCGCUCUCCUCCAUUACUGGCGAUGGCUAUCUUAUCGACAUCUUCUACACCUAUUUCCAUCCUUCUCACCCGAUCCUGCCUCCACUUCGUAUUCUAUACCGCUCCCAGGCUCCUCCUCCGUUCCUGGAGCAUGUCAUCAAAUUUAUCGGGACCCACUUUACCCCGGCCGCCUCCAGCGACGUAUACCGGCCAUCGGUGAUGUCGUCUGUUAUGGCACAAGAAGGAACCAUCGAGAAACUGCAGGCGCUCGUGCUCCUGGCUAUUGUCCUCCAUUCCCGGAACGAGCGGGCCGAAGCGGGUGAAUGCGUCACGACGGCGGUGAAUCUGGCCUUCGAAUUGGGAUUGCACACUCAGGGGUUUGCGCGUAUGAUGAGUGACGGUGACCCGGUGCGUGAAGAAAGUUUGAGGCGUACCUGGUGGGAGCUGUUCAUCAUUGAGGGCAUGUUGACCGCACUGGGUGUCCAGGGGGCCUUCCGUUGCAAUUCAGUGCCGCUCGAGGUCCCGUUGCCGUGCGAAGAGCGCAUCUAUCAGGAUGCGCUGCCACCCCCGCCCCCGCCAACCAUUGCGCAGUUCGAUGAGCGUGUCUUCGCAGAUGAGGAGCGAGACUUCUCCUCUUUCACCUACCGUAUUGAGGCGGUCCGGAUCCUUGGACGGGUAGUGGCCACCCAAGACAUGAUUGAGGGCCAGCAGGACCAGGUUGAGGCCAUUGACGCCCGGAUCACCAGUUGGUUCCACCACCUCCCCGAAUCCAAGGCGGAACUGCUGCGUCCGGACGGGUCUGUGGACGAAAUGAUGUUCCAGGCGAACAUGAUCGUGAAUGGCUCUGCCAUUUAUCUUCAUUUCCCGCGGUCCGACCUGCUGUCGUCGCCAACCGUGGCGGCGGAAGUCAUUUGCGGCCACCACGGGCCGCUGAGCAUCCCGGCCUUCUCGCAUCAUGCCCAUGCAAUGAAGGCGGUGAAAGCAGCCAGCGAGAUCUCCUCGCUGGCGUCUAUUCGCAUGCCGGUCGUAAAGCACACGCCCUUCUUCAUCUGUGCGCUGGUUCUCAGCUCCAUGGUGCAAUUGGCGGCGUGCUCCGUCAAGGCCGGGCAGAUGCCGGACCCGAGUCGUGAUCGACUGACACUUACUAUCGGCGUUUUUAAGACUCUGGCUCGAACUUGGGCCAUCUCGCAGUCCAUUAUGCGACAGAUCAAGGCGGUCGCGCGCGAUGUAAUGGACCUUGGUCUUCGGCCUACUGUGGGCGAGAUUGAUCUGACGACCGUUCUCGACAGCAGCCGAUUCUGGCUGCCCUAG